ACAACAAGACAAGUACCAAAAUGAAGACCGCUUUCAGCUGGAAGCGCAAAGCUGGCGACAAAAUAUCACCGUCAGUUUCGAUCGCUUUCGAAAGUAAUGCUGCGGACGAAAAUGCCGAGCCGCCGGACGGAGUGGACUGGCUGAGCGGCUACAAGCGACGCCGAAACCUGCUGCUCGAGGACUGCGCCGAGAAGAGUCGGCGCCUCAAGCGAGAGGCCAGCACCCUGGCAGAGCUCGACAGGAACUGGGAGGCACUGAAAAAGUUUGACGAAGCGAUACAGCUGACUCCAGAGGACGUUGCCAUCCACGAGAUGAAGGCGCAGGUGUUGAUGCUGCUUCGAGAGGACUUCCAGGCGGUGCAGACUGCGGAGCAGGCAGUAAAGCUCGACCCGUCCUGGUGGGUCGGCCACCAGACGCUCGGCCGAGCACGGCUGGCGCUCGGGGAAAUACGCAUGGCCCUGAGGAGCUUCUGCCGUGCAGUCCACCUCAACCCUGGCGACGAGGAGCUGUGGAGAGAUGACCUCUUCUACACGCUCCGCCUCCUUGGAGAGAAGGAAAGGGCCGAACGGAGUGCGCGGGAGAUCCCUAUCCGUUUCGACGAGGAUGGAAACGUCGUGCAGAUGGGUGACCCGCAGACGGAGGAGAACCGGAUUCUCGUACGGUGUCGUGAGCUGACCUGAUGUGACGCCUAUGCGGGGAUGAGACACUGUUCCAAUGGCCGGCGAUGGCUGCCGACUGCCGUUUUCUGGACCUCCUGGUAGCAAUGCAAAGACGUUGUGUAUCGACCGUUGACCAAACCUUGUGCCGCCUCGGCGACACUUUAGGUAGAAGCAGAACGUGCCAUGACAAACGGCGUCUCCAGCAACAGUUUCGGCGGCACGGCAGGCCCGAACUGGCUGGCAGCUGGGUGCCAUGUAGCAUUUUAGCGGACUGCAUGUGGCACAUUGCGACCUCUUUCUGAACCGUGUGGCAUGCCGUUUGAGACAACACUAUCUGGCGACAAUAUUGUGCAUGAUGAACAUCGAGAUUGAACGCUGCAAUCUCGUUUUUCCUGCGGUGCUUUAAGAAAAUAUUUCAAGUUUCC